AUGAAAUGUAGCGAGGUUCAUUUUCAUUCUUCAUUUGUUUCGAUCCUAAUGGAGCACGUGUUAGACGUGGAAUCUUUAAAAAAGCUAACACCCGAACAGCAGAAAACUUUAAUAUCCGGUGUUAAACAACAAGCUGCUAUUCUAAAUGCCCAGAAUAUGAUUACUGAUUUAUCGGAGAGGUGUUUAACGAAGUGUAUCACAAGUCCAGGUAGCGCUUUAUCAAAUACCGAGAAACAGUGCUUGCAGAGGUGUAUGGAUCGGUUCAUGGAAACUUAUAACUUGGUUUCACAAACACUACAAAAACGUGUUCAAGAAGAAAUAGCCGCUUCCACACGAAUGACGUAA